GGUCCAUGAAUUUGUUGUUUUGCGCAAGUCUGUAUUUUCCCUCUCUGUUAACCACCCAAAACUUUCCAGCAUCUUGUGCAAUAUUUGACAAGUGCACAAUAUAAAGAGGAAGACUGGGCUGAGAAUCAAUACAGAAUGAUGCUGCAGGAAAGGUUUCAGAAGGCUUUGAGAAUGAAGGGUUUUGCAGUCUUUUUGAUGGCACUAUGCUGCUGUCUGUCUGGGACACAAGGAGACCAUGAGGACCAGAAAGCAUGCUGCCCAUCUGACACUGGUUCUCUGAUGAAAGAACUGAUCUCUAUUGGAGAGAAACUAGGAGCCAUGGGGGAGAAACUGGGAACUAUGGGGGAUAACCUGAGACUCAUGGAGACCCGGUUACAAACCAGUGAGAAUGAAGUGGAGGAGCUGAAGAGACUAACUGGAGGUCGGCCUCAGGUGGCCUUCUCCGCAACUCUCUGGCAAACAGGCGAUGCCCCUGGGAACACAGGACCUUUCACCACUCCCAUUCCCCUGCAGUACAAGAAGGUCUUCUCAAACACCGGCAGCUCCUACAACCCUGCCACAGGUAUCUUCACUGCCACGGUCAAAGGAAUGUACUACUUCCAUUUCACGAUGAUGAACAACUUGAACACCCCUCCUAAUUCUGUGGUGUGUUUGACCAAGAAUGGCCAGAGGCUGGUGUCUGUCUGGGACACUGUAGGAACCGAUGCGCACGACAGUGGCAGCAACGCAGUGGUCAUUCCUCUGGAGGUGGGAGAUAACGUAUAUGUGGAGUUACAGGCUAACAGGCUGGUCCAUGAUGACAUCAUGAACUACAACACCUUCAGUGGCUUCCUGCUCUUCCCCAUGUAAACAUUGAACACAUUUCAACAGCUAAAAUGGUUGAAAUUACUUAAUUUUUUUAUACAAGGGUUGUAUUCAAUCCGUG